AACAAAUAUGGCUGAUAUCUGAUAUUUAAUAAUUUUAAUACCAUUGUCCUUUUGACUGUGCGACAGAUCACUGACAAGUUAUAUAAAUAAUAUUUUGUCUAUAUAUGGACACUAAGUAACGAGUACCAUUACGCAGCUAAGUCAUAUGUUGAUAAAUGUGGUUGUAAAUACAGGAUUUUUGGGUGAAAUCGUACCAGAGAAUCAGAGAUUUGCUUGGGAAUCAUCGUAAAUACUUCCGAAAUACGAGUUAUUUGGUAUAUGUAAGGCAUGUUCACGUCUGCUUUUGCAUGAAGGAAAUCUGUUUCUUUUCCUAUUGUGCAAUUCUAUUGUCACGAGCCAUUCCUCAAUUGAAUUGGAGAUCGUAGCAUAGUUUGACGAACUGUUGAUCAAUCAGACGUAAUUCAACGGCAAAAAUUGGACGGUUCACUCUCAAAAAUGCAUUCAGUUGUGGUAAAAAUAAUUUCUUUAUCGGUUUUAUUUGUGGUCACAUUUGUCGCGGGAUUACUUCCUCUAACACUUCGUCAAAAGCGAUCGCAAAGCGACCCAAAUCGCAGAGCAUUGCGUGACAGAAAACGCAAGCAAGUGAUUAGUUUGUGUACGUGUUUUGCUGGUGGAGCUUUUUUUGCAUCGAGUAUGUUGGAAUUAUUACCAGCAGUUGAGAAGGACUUUAAGGUUGUUUUGGAAAACGCUAAGAUAGACCACAGCUUUCCUCUAGCUGAAUUUGGGAUAAGCAUUGGAUUCUUUCUGAUUUUGACAGUUGAGCAGAUAAUCCAUGUUGCAAAAGAGCGACCUUCUCAUGGUCAUGGUCACAGCCACACUCAUAACCACAGGGAUUCAACAGCAUCUCCACUCCUUCAUAACGGACACACUCCUAGCUAUGGGACAAGAACACCUGACAGCCAGCCUUCACCUAGCGAAAAUGACAGCGGAGAAAGUGACAACGAUGAACCACCACCAAUUGCCCAAUCACCACCAGUUCCUCUGGUCAAUGAUAGUCACAUAGAGCACAGACAUGUACAGAGUACUGAACAUAACCAAAUCAAUGACGAUCAUGAUCAUGAUCACGAGCACAGCAUAUUUGCGGAAAUCAGCAAAAAGCAUCACAAUGAACGGCAUUACCUCAGAUCCUACCUGCUUCUUAUUGCCUUGUCAGUUCAUGCUUUGUUUGAAGGUCUUGCAGUUGGCCUUUUUGAAGAUAUCAACAACAUGUUUCAAGUGCUAGGUGCUUUGGUCAUCCACAAAUGCAUUCUGGCAUUCUCAAUUGGAAUCAAUCUUGUGCAGCAUAGCUUUCCUGCACCAGCAGUUAUCAAGUCAUCCUUUCUCUUCUCAGCAAUGAGUCCUGUUGGCUUUGGUAUAGGAAUUCUCAUGCUGACCUAUGCUUCUACAAACUUAGGACGGAUAUUUUCAGCCUUGUUUCAAGCACUUGCGACUGGAACUUUUCUUUAUGUGACAUUUUUUGAAAUAUUCUUCCAUGAACUGAACAGCAAGGAAUGCCACAAGCUGUUGAAAGUUCUCAUGAUGAUUUUGGGUUAUGCUUUAAUUGCCAUUGUGCAAUAUAUUGAAAAUCUAUUGAAGUAACAAUUGUACGAAAAAAUAUAUUAUUUUGCUAUCAUCUUCUGACCAUAGGCAAGUGUUGUUGUGAUCAGUAAUGGUUACUUUUGCCUUACGUGACAUCUAUUAUAAAUGUGUAAAGUUGAAUAGGGUUUUGCAAAAAUGUUUAGUCUUUGUCUAUGAGAUAUGUUAUCUAAAGUGAUCAAUUGAGAGGUGAAGUUAAAAAUUUUUUUAAGAUUGGAGGUUGUUCACAAAUCAAGAUUAGAUACAAAACAAUAUAAAGAGUUAUAUUUAUACUUGUGGCGUAGAGUUGUUUUUCAAUAAAAAAUUGUAAAUUUGGA